AUGCACUACGAGUUCGUGGGCGCGCUGGAGGUGACGUACGGCAACGCACUGGCGGCGGGCGGCAGCUUCCACCGCGUGACGACCGCCGAGGGCGCGGCCGCCGAGGUGUCGCCCCACACGUAUCUCUGGUACAAGCUCUCGGAGUCGCCGCCGCCGCCGACGCCCUCGGCCGCGUCCGACGGCCCCGAGGGCGCGGCGCUGGCCAUCACGCAGCUGCGCAUCGGGGGGGACAAGGAGCCGAGCGAGGACGCCACGUGGACCAAGCUGGACAAGUCGGUGGACCGCCAGAAGGGCCGCUUCCUCUGGUACCAGGCCACGCCCUUCCAGCCGCCAGCGUCGCCCUCGGCCCAGGCCAAGCAGCCCAUGCCGCUCAAGGAGAUCCGCGUGGUGCGCGACCUCAAGGACGUCCCCGAGGGCUUCGAGUGGCUCGACGAGCCGCUGCUGAGCGCCGACGACGCGGGCAGUAAGUGCGCAGCAGUAGUGUGA